AUGCCAAACCCAGCCGCAGGCGGGUCCGAUCGACCCGCAAUGGCCACGACGACUAUCAAAAUAGACGGCAUGACUUGUGGAGCAUGCACGUCUGCAGUGGAGGGCGCGUUUAAGGGGAUUGAAUGCGUGCAGGAUGUCUCCGUCAGCCUUAUAAUGGGUCGAGCUGCUGUGCAACAUGAUCCGACAGUCUUAUCGCCGGUAAAAGUCGCCGAGAGGAUUGAAGAUUGCGGCUUCGAUGCGACAGUCUUAUCGACCGACGAACAGACCAAACCCCACCCCGAUAUCGUCUCCAAUACCCCGGCUACGCGAUUUUCGGUUACGAAACUGGCCGUUGAAGGUAUGACAUGCGGCGCAUGCACAUCUGCGGUGGAAAGCGGGCUGAAAGACGUCAAGGGUGUCAACUCGGUGGACGUAUCCCUGCUUUCUGAGCGCGCUGUGGUAGAGCAUGAUGCUGGUGUCAUUACCCCGGAGCAUAUCGCAGAGAUUAUCGAGGAUCGUGGAUUUGGGGCGCGUGUGUUGGAGACAUCCCUAACUGGACCUGAAGGGCCAUCCACACCGGUUGACUCGGAGGACAAGACCGGACUCUUAAUCACGACUGUCGCAGUUGGAGGCAUGACCUGCGGCGCUUGCACAUCUAGCGUUGAGGGUGCCUUAAGCGGUGUGGAUGGUGUGAUCCAGUUCAAUAUCAGUCUUCUGGCUGAGCGCGCGGUUGUUGUCCACGAUGCUGCCAUUAUCCCCGCCAGCAAAAUCCCAGAUUUAAUAGAGAAUGCUGGAUUUGAUGCAUCAAUCGUGUCAUCAGAGGCGCAGGCGCCUCUGUCAAAGAAGACACAACACAUUAGCCUAAGCCUGCAUGGCUUACGGGAUGCUGCUUCCGCUUCAGCUUUGGAAGACAACUUACUGCAGAAAUCCGGAGUCCACUCAGCAUCAAUUAAAAUGUCCACAUCCCGGAUAGCGAUCUCCUUUGACCCAUCAAUCAUUGGAAUUCGGUCCGUCGUGGACGUGAUCGAGACCGCUGGGUACAACGCCCUGAUGGUUGAUUCGGACGAUACGAACGCGCAACUGCAGUCGCUGUCAAAGACAAAGGAGAUUCAAGAGUGGAGGCGCGCAUUCAUCACCUCAGCGUCCUUCGCGGUCCCUGUUUUCCUCAUCAGCAUGAUCCUCCCCAUGUAUCUGCCAAGUCUUGACUUUGGUGUCUUUGAACUUAUCCCAGGCCUCUAUCUUGGAGACUUGAUUUGUCUUUGUCUUACAGUACCAGUGCAAUUUGGCAUUGGUAAACGAUUUUAUGUUACCAGCUUCAAGUCUCUGAAGCACCGCUCCCCAACCAUGGAUGUGCUCGUUAUGUUGGGGACUUCUGCUGCCUUUUUCUACAGCUGUUUCACUAUGACCAUGGCCCUCUGCAGUGUUGAUCACAAGCGCCCAAGCACCGUGUUUGAUACCAGCACUAUGCUGAUCACGUUCAUCACUUUGGGACGGUGGUUGGAAAACCGCGCCAAGGGUCAAACUUCCGCUGCCUUGUCACGACUUAUGUCUUUGACUCCAUCUAUGACCACUAUUUAUGAAGACCCUAUUGCGGCAGAGAAGUUGGCUGAGCGCUGGUCCUCGAAGCCCAAAGCUGGCGCUUCUGAAGAACCAGCCUUGGCCGAUGAUAUGACAGUGAAUCAGAAGUGCAUCCCAACCGAGCUGAUUCAAGUCGGUGACAUUGUCAUCCUUCACCCCGGUGACAAAGUGUCUGCGGAUGGAGUUGUCAUUCGGGGCGAGAGCUAUGUUGACGAGAGCAUGAUCAGCGGAGAAGCACUGCCAAUUUACAAGAAGAUUGGUAGCCAGGUCGUUGCUGGAACUGUGAACGGCACAAAUUCGAUUGACUUCAAAGUCCUUCGCGCGGGCAAGGACACCCAGCUCAGUCAGAUUGUUAAGUUGGUGCAGGAUGCACAAACAAGCCGGGCUCCAAUUCAGCGCAUGGCUGAUAUCGUUGCUGGCUAUUUUGUGCCUACUAUUAUUGGUCUCGGCUUGAUCACGUUCUUCGGCUGGAUGUUCCUAAGCCAUGUCCUCCCCCACCCGCCUAUGAUCUUCGAAGUUGAAGGCAGUGGUGGCCGAGUCAUGGUCUGUCUGAAGCUGUGUAUUUCAGUGAUUGUCUUCGCAUGCCCCUGUGCUUUGGGCCUUAGCACGCCAACGGCUGUUAUGGUCGGCACUGGAGUCGGCGCAGAGCACGGCAUUCUUGUUAAAGGUGGUGCUGUUUUGGAAGCCGCCACCAAGGUCACUCACGUUGUCUUUGACAAGACCGGCACCUUGACGACAGGAAAGAUGAGCGUAGCUCACACCCGGAUUGAACCUCAAUGGACAAUGAACGAUUGGCGCCGUCAGCUUUGGUGGCUCGUUGUCGGCCUGUCAGAGACUGGCAGUGAGCACCCAAUUGGACGAGCCAUCCUCUCUGCGGCCAAAACAGAAUCAGGACAUCCUGGAGAGGGUGGAUUGCCUGGUGUCAUGGGCGACUUUGACAACUGUGUUGGCAAGGGUAUCUCUACUACUGUCGAACCUACAUCCAGCGGCGAGCGUAUUCGCUAUAAUGUCCUCCUGGGCAACGCGGACUAUCUCCGUUCCAAAGAUGUCCCUGUGCCUGCUGAUGCAGACCCUGAUUCUGUGGCAUCUGGAAUUACACCCGAGACCGAAGCCCCCAAACCCAGUAGCUCGGGAUCCGGCAUUACGCGGAUCCACGUCGCAAUUGAUAACCGCUAUGCUGGCACCAUCUCCCUUCGGGACACAGUGAAAGACACCGCGGCAGCCGCAGUGGCAGCUCUGCACCGCAUGGGAAUCUCAACCUCAAUGGUCACGGGCGACACACUCUCAACAGCAACGGCAAUUGCAAUUGCUGUCGGCAUCCCCAAAACAGCAAUCCACGCCUCCGUUUCACCAUCCGAAAAACGAUCCAUCGUAUCCGCCCUCCAAGCAGAAGGCGAGCGCGUCGCAAUGGUCGGCGACGGCAUCAACGACUCCCCUGCAUUGGCAACAGCAUCCGUCGGAAUUGCCCUCGCCUCCGGCACAGACGUAGCCGUAGAAGCAGCCGACAUCGUCUUAAUGCGUCCCGAGGACCUCCUCUCCGUACCAGCCAGUCUGUCCCUCUCACGCUCUGUCUUCACGCGCAUCAAGUUGAACUUGAUGUGGGCCUGUCUAUACAACAUCAUUGGUCUUCCAUUCGCCAUGGGACUUUUCCUCCCCUUCACUGGCUUCAUGCUUCCACCCAUGGCCGCCGGUGCAGCAAUGGCCCUAUCAAGUGUCUCCGUCGUUGUCAGCAGUCUUCUUUUGAAAUUCUGGAGCCGUCCCUCAUGGAUGACGACCGAAUGUCUCGAAAAGGAAAUCGCCUCUGGUACAAUCCCAGCAGCUGGCAUCAGUCGUGGCACUCAUGCCCGGAAGCGCAGCUGGUGGUCCCCUGCCGUCAUUAUGUCAGACAGUCCACGUUCUUUUCGUCGCCGGGUCGGUGGUCUGGCGGCUUCAUUCUGGUCCCUAGUUACUGGAAAGGGUGUCAGAACCACUAUCAGGCAAGAUGAGGGCUACGUCCCUCUGCAGACAGUUGAGCCUGUUUGA